CGGUGCUGCCGGUGACAGCGCGGCCAUGCUGCGCAACGGGGCGGCGGGCGGCGGCUCCGCGGCGGGCGGCAGGGCUGCGGCGCGGCCGGUGCGCGUCUGGUGCGACGGAUGCUACGACAUGGUGCACUACGGGCACUCGAACCAGCUGCGCCAGGCGCGGGCCAUGGGCGAUUACCUGAUCGUCGGUGUCCACACGGACGAGGAGAUUGCCAAGCACAAGGGCCCCCCUGUCUUUACACAGGAGGAGAGGUACAAAAUGGUGCAAGCCAUCAAGUGGGUGGAUGAGAUUGCUCCAGGAGCUCCCUAUGUCACCACACUGGAAACUCUGGACAAAUACAACUGUGACUUCUGUGUGCACGGUGACGACAUCACCCUCACGAUAGAUGGCAAGGAUACCUAUGAGGAAGUGAAGGCUUCAGGGCGAUACAGGGAAUGCAAACGCACCCAAGGUGUGUCCACCACUGACCUCGUUGGCCGCAUGCUGCUCAUGACUAAGGCUCACCACAGCAACAUAGAUGAGGACCUAGACUAUCGGAAGCACACUGACAACUUUGGGAAGGGACCAAAGGGUCACAGUCCUUGGACGGGCGUCUCGCAGUUCCUACAGACAUCUCAGAAGAUCAUCCAGUUUGCAUCAGGGAAGGAACCGCAGCCUGGAGACACCAUCAUCUACGUGGCUGGAGCCUUCGACCUGUUCCAUAUUGGGCAUGUAGAUUUCCUGGAGAAGGUUCACCAGCUGGCAGAGAAACCCUACAUCAUCAUUGGGCUACACUUUGAUCAGGAAGUAAAUCGCUACAAAGGGAAGAACUAUCCCAUCAUGAACAUCCAUGAGAGAACACUCAGUGUGUUGGCCUGCAGGUACGUCUCAGAAGUGGUGAUUGGAGCCCCCUAUGCUGUCACUGCUGACCUGCUGGAUCACUUCAAGGUAACACUUGUGUGUCAUGGGAUGACGGAGGUGGUGCCAGACAAGGAUGGUUCUGACCCGUAUGAGGAACCGAAGAGACGUGGCAUUUUCCAGCUUGUGGACAGUGGCAGCAACCUCACCACAGAUCUCAUUGUGCAGAGGAUCAUCAAGAACAGGCUGGAGUUUGAAGCUAGGAACCAGAAGAAGGAAGCAAAAGAGCUGGCAGUGCUGGAGGCCAUGAGGAGACUGGAAGAGGAGAAGCACUAGGCCAGCACAGAGCUGGUGUGUGGGUCACAGAUCGCUGCAGCCUCACCCCUUGAGAGCAGACAAGCUCUUGGAGAGGACCCCUGAAUGGGACCCCGCUGCUGGUGUGCAGGGUGUGCUGUCUGCCCUCUCCUGGCCUAGCUCCUCCUCCAGUAACUGCAGCCAGUGAGGCCGGAGCCCGCUGCUGCUGCCUGGUUUCUCCUCCAUCAGCCCCUUCCCAGGGGAGAGAUGACAGGGGGAAAAAAAAAGUUUUAAAGGUUUUAAUUCUAACCCAUGUUUUAACCCCUUGAUGUGCUUUUACUGCUGCCAGGUCUGGCUUUUAGCAAGAGGGAAAAGGAGCAGCUGCCCAGGCCCCAGGUUUGGCUGGAGCCUGUGCUCCUGAGCAGCCUGGGGGUGGUGGUGGGGAUGGGCUGGUGUGAACUGUCACCCCAGGGACGGCCGCGGCUCUUCCUGUGCUCCGGCAGGGGCUGCACAGACACCAGCCCCAGAGCUGCUGCAGCCCCAGUUGGAUCUGCUGUGCCCAGGGCCUCAGGAAGAGGCAGCAGCAGCACAAGGGGCAGGGGCACAGGCACCCCCAGGGGCUUCCUCCAAGCCCUGGUGCUGUACAGACCUGCUCAGAGCCUGGAGUCCCCCUUGUGCCCAAGGGCUUCCCAAAGGGAGGGAGCAGAAUUUCAGCUGAACCCAGGGCUGUUUGUAAUGUGCAGCGAGUCCCUGCACAGGGGUGCAGGGCCUGAGGAGGAUGGGUGCUGAGCCCCUUCCUGCCUCUUACAUUCCAGCGUGCAGCAGCAGGUGCCCUGGGCCCCAUGGUCCUUCCACGCCAGUUCUGUUGUCCUCUCGGUUGUAAACUUUUGUUGCUGAUCAUUAAUAAAACAAUAGAGUUCUGUGGUA